ACCAAAUCUAAGAAGCAAGCAAACAAACUAAUUAGCAUCUUACAUGAAUAUAAUUCUUUACUUGGUCAACAUUGCCAAAUAGUACUAUCGAGUGUUUGUCUACCUACUUUGUUGCAUGAAAAGAAUUACUCAUUUAAUAUACUUUGGGUUUGGCUACAAGUUUUAGUGCCUUACUCAUAGAAUAUAUUAGAAACAAAUGUUAGAAUAUUCUUCUAUAAUGAGGUGAAAAUAUGUAACACAUCUUACUUAUUACCGAAUAAUAAAUAUGGACGCAGUUUUCAAAAGGAACAAGGAAACAUGUAAUUUUCUUAUAAGUAAUGUGCAGAUGACAUUUGAAGAAAGUGGAUGUAGUGAUAUUGGAUUCAUAUUCUUGGCCGACUCACCAAGUCAAGUAUAUAUAUAUACCGUACAUGAUUUUUGUGAAAGUAGCACGCAUCAUUAUUCCAUCUAAAACAUUCAUGUAUAUAUAUUCCAAGUUGUUGGCAUGUCCUAACACAUCUUCUCCUCACUCACAUUCAACUGCAUACAUACAUACACAUUCAAUUGCAUCACUGAAGAGGGAAAUUAUUCACAAGCAUUUCCGCAUUUCGUCGACUUCUCUUACCUUAGAAUCACAGUUGGUAUGGAGGGCGAUUGGCAUUUCAGUCAUGAUCAUCCAUUAACUUCUUUUGUAGUAAAUGAUAAGGAAGUGGAUGAGAGUGAUAACUUUCAUUCUUGCAAAAUUUGUGGUUUGCCAAUUCUAUCUGCUCCCUCCUACACUUGCACCUUUGUUGCUUGUGAUUUUUUUCUGCACGAAUCAUGUGCACACAAAUUCCACCAAAAAUUUAUCCAUCCCAAUCAUUGGCCGAGUUAUAAAUAUCACACGCUUCGUCUCGAAGAAGGAAGUCCCAAUUUCACAUACCAAUGUGAGGAUUGCAAUUUUGAAAUGCAUCCUCUCUCUGCAGUGGAUGGUGUUGAGAUCAAAACGAAACACAAGAGCCAUUCACCUCACCCUCUCAUGGCUCAUUGUAGAAAGAGUUUGUCUAUGUGCGAUGGCUGUGGCGGGGAACAUGAUGGUUUCUUCUUCUCGUGCCAACUCUGUAAUUUCUGGAUUCAUCAAAACUGCACCAUACUACCUACCGCUCUCAAACUCUUCUCUAAUCCUGAACCUUACCUUCUCGCUUAUUCUAUUCCUACCCAUAUCCGAACAAUUGAGUGCAUAGUUUGCCACCAACCCUUGCUUCUUUCCCAUAAUGCCAUCUAUUUUUGCCCACCAACUCUGAGAUUUUCUCAUGUCAGAUGUGGACUCGAGAAUAUUCAAUCCAAAACAAGACUAAAGUUGAUCCAACUGCCAGACGACGAGUUGGGCACAUUUCCAAGUUUGGAGUUCCGUGCACUCUCGCAACCUGAAGAGGGUCCUAGUGGUGAAGAUGCGAAGCUUGCAAUUGAGAACUUUCACAAGCAGCCUUUGAUCCUAGUUGGUGAAGAUGAUGAGGAUCAUGAUUAUAAAAAACUAGUGUGUGAUAUAUGCAUACAGACCAUAGCUAUUCCAUCUCAGUUUUACAAAUGCUCUCAACAAACUGGUGGCUGCUCUUUCCUUGCCCAUAAAGUCUGUGUAGAGCUUCUCCCCCUUCUCAACUUUGGGAUUCCAGAUGAUGUAACCAGCGAUGUAUUAAAGGCACAACCUUGUCCGCGCCCGAACCUAUGGUUCUUCAGUUCAAUAUAUUUCUGUUUUUUCUGCUCUCUUCCUUGCAAUGGACCUUGCUACUUCUUUUCUGAGUCUGAACAUCCUUUGUAUGAUGUCCCCUUGAUGAUGGAUUUGUCGUGCAUGGCUGCUCCAAGCAUUAUAAAGCACAACUCACACAGCCAACACCUUCUCUUUCGCACCGGCCGCCAUUCGCGAGCCUCCUCCAUCAGUUGUUGUUCCCGCGGCUCCACCAUUCUUGAUGUCUAUAGGUGCAUUACAUGUGAUUUCUACAUUCAUAUAAGAUGCGCCUUACUACCAAAGAGGGUUCAUUUUCAUAUAUUCGAUCAACAUCCUCUGCAUUUGAUCACCACUGGUACUACUGAUCAUGACAUCUGCGAGGUGUGUGAGGAAGGUAUAGAGUGCAAGUAUUGGUUCUACCGAUGUGCAAAAUGUGACUACUCUUUCCACAUAAACUGUAUUCCCUCGCUUGGCUAUUUGUCCAAAAUCAAGUUCGGAGGCAAAAGUAGCAUGCCUUGUCACUCUCAUCCUAUUACACUUAAACGAAUGCUUACUUACGGAAGAAAUGAGAGGUGUGGGUAUUGUCACCAAAUCAUUCCGGGAUUGGUAGACCAAGCUGCUUUCUCCUGUUCACAAUGCGAUUAUUGGAUUCAUUUUUCUUGUGCGAGGGAUUCACUCUCAUCCACUUAUCACAUUCCCAGAUCCAUGGUUUUCGGGGAAUACGAUGUACAGGUGAUAUAUGAUUUUAUUAGCUGUCAAUCUGAGUGAUCUUGUGUCUUCUAUAUAUGUAUGAGUGAAUAAAAUACAAGCCUUUCUUUGCAAA